GACGUUGGUUUCUGACGGAUGUCUGUGUCUUUAUCUCACGGAGCGCGAGAGCUGGAAGAUCGGGCAGGAGCAGCAAACUGGGACGGAGCCCCCUCAGGAAAGGGAGCCGGGAAUUCCGGCAAACCACCCCCACCUCCCGGUUAGGGAACCUGGGAUCCAGGACUGUCCAUCUGCGCCCAGCCCAGGACGACGACGUGGGAUCCCUGCGAUGUUCCCUGCUGGUUUGCACUGACGCUCGGAGCAGGUGCUUGGGGAGUGCGGUUUGAGCUGUCUGUGAGAUUUUCCGCUUCGAGCUGAAGAAGGAUCGCAGGGACACAGGGCCUGGACAUACCCAGACGCUCUCCACCUUCGAGGCCAGUCCCUCCACCUCCCGCCCCCGGGACAAAUACCCACGGUCUCCACAUCAAGGACAAAGAGGUGACCACCCAGAGAUCCCAGCCUGAACCUGCAGCUCCAGCAGAGGGAUGGAUGAGUUUGAAGAGACGGGGUAUUACAAUUUUAAUUACUCCUGGCCGUGGGACGACACUUAUGAGAACGACACAGAGGAAUACGAGCAGUUCGAUUACUCCCAUCCAUUGACGCCGGCGGCCAUUUUGGCCAUAUCCAUGUACGCCCUCACCUUCGUCGUCGGCGCCCCCGGCAACGCAGCGGUCAUCUGGGUGGCGGGCUUCAAGAUGAAGCGGACGGUGAACACCGUGUGGUUCCUCAACCUGGCGGCCGCCGACCUGGGCUACUGCCUCUCGCUGCCCUUCCAGAUCGCCCAUGUCGUCCUCGGCAACCACUGGCCGAACACGGCGUCCCUGUGCCGGCUCCUGCCUUGCGCCAUCCUGCUCAACAUGGCCGCCAGCGUCUUCCUGCUGACCGCCGUCAGCGUCGACCGCUGCCUGGCCGUCACGCUGCCCGUCUGGUCGCAGCGCUGGCGCACCCCGGGCCGGGCCUGGGUGUCCUGCGCCGGGCUGUGGGCCCUGGCGGGCCUCAUGUGCCUGCCCGCCCUCCUCCACCGCCGGCUGGCGCCCGGCACGUCCGUCUGCGUGGCCGACUACACCGGGGUGAUACGCCUGGUGGAGGUCUCCCGGGCGACGGUGGCGUUCGGCCUGCCGUUCCUGGUAAUGGCGGCCUGCUACCUGCUGAUAGGCCUGCGGGUGCGCCGGGCGGGAUUCGGCAAGAGCCGGCGGCGUCCCCUGCGCCUGAUCCUGGCGGUGGUCCUGGCUUUCUUCGUCUGCUGGCUGCCCUACCACCUCUUCGGCCUACUCCAGGCUUUCGGCCACGGCGGGUCGGCGCUGCGGGCCUGGGACUACGUUGCCGUCGGCCUGGCCUCCCUCAACAGCGCCCUCAACCCGCUGCUCUACGUCUUCGCCGGGCGCGACUUCAGGCAGCGGGCCCGGCGCUCGCUGGGCGCCAGCCUGCGCCGAGCCCUCAGCGAAGAGGCCUCCUCCCAGACGGUACGCAGCAGCCGGCUGAAGAGCCGCAGUAGCCUGGACUACACCCUCUGAGGCCUCCUGCCGCGCGCGCUCCUCCCCUCACCCCACCUCCCCCUCCCCGUUAAACGCAGAAUGCUGACCUGACAGGAUUUUGUUUUGUAAUAAAAAGGGAAAAAUGAA